AUGGGGCGUACAAGUAUUGGUGGUCGUAAUAGCCGUGUCCCAGAGAGUGGUGGUCAGGAGCCUAGUAACCGGAAGCUGGAAGAUGUCGAUGACGAAGAGUUUGACAUUCCGCCUCUGUAUGAUGACACAGUGUAUGAAGCCGCCGAGAUCCCAGGGCUUGAUGUCGAAGGGGCAGAUGGGGUUGUUCAUGUUGGGAAGGUGUAUGGGAGUAAAGUCGAUUGUCAGAUUGCCUUGGCAAUUUACGCUAUUAAAGGGCAGUUUCAGUUCAAACAGACGAGGACAAAGGUUGACUCCUUUGUGUGCGAGUGUCCCGAUGAGCGUUGUGAUUGGAGAGUCACAGCUCAUGAGAUACGCGGUUGUGGUUACUAUGAAAUCAGGAAAGCUCAGCUGGAUCAUACUUGUCCAAUCGAGAGUAGGAAUGGGUAUGGCAGUAGGGGAACAGCUAGGGUUAUAGCAGCGGUGUACAAGGCUAAAUUUAAAGAUCCGUCGAAAGGGCCAAAGGUGGUUGAAAUACAAAGGCUCUUGAUGGAGGAUCUUAGGCUGUCGGCAUCUUACAUGAAGUGUUACAGAGCCAAAGAGCAAGCAAUGUUUGACUUGAGGGGACCAGAUGACGACUCGUAUAUGAAGCUGGCUGAGUAUCUGUAUAUGCUGAAACUUGCCAAUCCCGGGACGGUAGCUGAUAUUGAGACAGAGGUUGACGACGAGGGUGUGGAGCGGUUUCUUUACAUGUUUUUGGCGUUUGGGGCAUCUAUUAAGGGGUUCCAGAAGCUGAGGCUUGUGUUGGUUCUAGACGGCACACAUCUUAGUGGGAAGUACAAGGGGGUGUUGCUUACAGCAAGCGGACAAGAUGGCAAUUUCCAAGUGUUUCCUUUGGCAUUUGCAAUAGUAGACAGUGAGGAUACUGAGGCUUGGACGUGGUUUCUGCAGAAGGUUGAGAGGAUAUUGGCGGAUUCGAGCAACCUUGCUAUAAUAUCGGACCGGGCCACUUCAAUUGCCAACGCGGUUAGCUGUGUGUAUCCACAAGCCCAUCAUGGGUUUUGUAUCGUCCAUUUGGCACGGAACGUUAAUGCUAGGUUCUCUAGCAAGGGGUUAGCGAGGUUGGUGACUGCUGCUGCGACUGCGCAUAGGAUGAGGGAUUACAAGAAUUUCUGUGACAAGAUCAGGGCGUCUAACAGCGAAUGUGGGAUUUAUUUGGGGAAAAUAGGGUCUGCACGUUGGUCUAGAACGUACUUUGGGGGCCAGAGGUAUAAUAUAAUGACAAGUAACAUUGCUGAACAGCUAAACAACGCAUUGGUAGAGGGUAGGUCGUCCCCAAUAAUUGAGUUGGUGAUGUUCAUACAAGGGAUGAUGACAAGGUGGUUCAGUGCAAGACGUAAGAAGGCCAAUAAGCACCGGGGUCUGAUGACAAUAGAAGUCGAUAAAGUGAUGACAAAGACAAUGGCGCUGGUGAAGGGCAGCAAGGUGAACUCUAUUUCUAGCUGGAGCUGCCAAGUUGUUGGGAAGUUUGGUGGUUCUGAGAGUGUUCAGUUGGAGCAGAAGAAGUGUACUUGCAAGUACUUUGACAACAUGAAGAUACCAUGUGGGCAUGCCAUGAUUGCGGCCGACAACAUAGGGCUCGCAUAUGAGACUAUGGUUGGUCAUUGGUACAAGACGGUGGCGUGGAGGGAAACCUAUGCAGGUGUUAUUAGGCCAAUUGGCGACCCCAGGGACGAAUCUAUUCCAGAAGACGUGAGGGAUGCAAUGUUGAUGCCACCAUUGACUAAGAGGCCACCAGGGAGGCGUAGAACCAAACGAUUCCCCUCGACAGGGGAGAUGCCGGGUCCUAAGAAGAAGUCAGUGCCUAAUAAGUGCGGGAGGUGCAGGGUAGAAGGACACAACCGCACCAAUUGCACGGUUCCGAUAUGA